AUGCACGAGCUGCUACUGUACGGGCAGCUCCCGUCGCCUCGCCAUGACCAAGUCUUGAAGAUCCUCGCCGGGCAUGCUGCCAUGCAGCCCCGCCGCGUCCUGGAGCGGCACAUCAUAUACAAACCGACACGCGAGCCAGAGGAGCCAGGCGCCCAUCUCGGUCGUGGAGGAGGGUCCCAGACUGUAGGAGGCAAGCCAGCAAAGCAGGGCACUGUCAAAAAUCUCUUCUACACCAAGCUUGUGCAGAAGCUGGACGAGGGGGACCUGGGACGCGCAAACGACAAACCGGCCGACAACAAGCAUUUGUCGGCCAACGUUGAGUCCGGCGAAGAGGCAAUAUGGUCCUUCGAAUUCCAAGACCUGCCAGAUACUGGGGAUAGAGGCGUUUCUGCCCGUCUCACUUCGUCGACCGACCUUCUUUCGGGUGACCCUCACGCCUGGAUGGUCGCGACAGGUCCUCAUCAGUAA